UCGGGGAGGAGACAGGUGUUGACGGGCUGCAUCAUCCGAACAGGUCGCACUCAUGAGGCUGUACAACAGGCUUUGUUCGGGAUGUGACAGUUACUGAUGCUGCUGCUGUGCAGACAGUGAUGGGUUCCGAACAUCAAAAUUCUUGGGAUCCUGGUCAAUCAGCACCAUGCGCCCUUUGGCCAGUGGACCUCAAGUUAACACACUUGGACUGGAACCCGGAAGCAACUCUGAUUCACUUCCAGGGACAGUACCUUACCAUAUGUGAACUGGACUAUAACAUCUUGCAGGGAGAAAUACAGAACAUACCAAAGACAGAAGCUGCAGUGGAUAUUGGAGAGUUCUGCCUAGUAGAAGAUUUGGCUUCAGCCCACUGGUACAGAGGAAGAGUUCAGAACCAAAAAGAGGACUUGUUUGAUGUUUUCCUUAUAGAUCACGGUAAUGUCUUGAGUGUUGACAUCUCCCACAUAUCUUCCUGUUCAAACGACCUGUUCAUCCUACCUCCAAAAAUAGUUUGCGGCUUUCUUGCAAAUGUGUUGCUGCUUCAAGGUUGUUCUCAUUCUGUAGUGGAGCAAUACUUCUCAAGCCUGAUUGGAAAAGAUGUCACAGGUUACAUUCAAGCUCUCCUUCCUCACAAAGUCCUCUUAUUGGAAGCCCCUGACAUCAACAAUGACCUUGUUAGACAUGCGUUUGGGAGACAUGUGGACACAGACACCUUCCUCCUCUUGGUUGAGAUGCUCACAGAGGUGCCACUCAAACAACACGUAGAUCCAGUUCCUGACUUGCUCAUUGAAAAGUCAAGGGGACAAGAGUUUUGCUUUAAACCAACGGGUUUGCAGGGAUACGAAGACAUUCUGUCAUUUUGUGGGCCUAGAUUGCAUUGUGGGACACGUGCUAAAGUGCGAGUAACUGCUGCUGUCAACCCCGGGCUGUUUUACUGUCAGAUGGCCAGUAUGGAAACAGAGCUUUGGGAAAUGUCAAGGGCACUGGCUGCUGUUUGUGAGUACAGAAGCAAAGCAAGUAAUCAGAAGACUCCAGAAAACCUGGGUUUACUGUGCUCAGUUAAAGGCAAAGAUGGGAAAUGGUACAGAGGCUUUGUGCAAUUUCUCCCUAUCAAUUCUCAAGUCAGAGUUUUGUUAAUUGACUAUGGAUUCUUUGAAUCUGUCAAAGUUGAGAAUGUCCACAGGUUGCCACCUAAUCUCUAUUCAACACCCAUCAUGGCAUUCCCAUGCUCUCUCUCCUCCCUGAGUGAUCACGAUGAGGCAGUCAAAACUCAGCAGUUGAGUUUCCUCAAGGCAGGCUUGCUUGGAGGAGUGUUGGAUAUGGAGAUCGGAAGUUUUGAUGAAAAACAGCAUCUGUACUCCAUCACAUUGUUUGGUGCUGAAGAUAAUUGUGUGAAAGAACUGGAGCCCAUUCCCAAGCUUCCCACAAUGGAAGUUGAGUCUGUGAUUGAGACAGAAGAAUUCUCUCCUCAGGGUGGCUAUUUGUACCAUGAGACAAUCAUGGGUGAAGUAUUGGGUAAAACACUGGAAGCAGAAGAGGUGCAGGUAGACUCUGUCUUUGUGGGGUAUGUCGAGCAUGUCCAGAAUCCCAACCACUUCUGGAUAAGAACACAAAAACGCAAUGAUGAGUUUGAAGAAAUGAUGACAAAAAUGACAGAUCACUUCAGUCAAGUGAAGCUGGAUGAAGACGUACUGUUGAAUCCCGAGCUUGGGACACUCUGCUGUGCAGUUUAUGAGGAAGAUAUGCAUUUCUACAGAGGUGUGGUGACAGAUAAUCUUGAGCAUGGAGCUGAAGUUCUUUUUAUCGAUUUUGGGAACAUUGAAAAAGUGCCACAUAUGUUGAUCAAGAACAUACCAGAGGCAUUUGCAGGCAAAUCAGCGUUUGCCUUUUGUUGUACUCUUAGUAAUGUUUUACCUUUGGAUGAAGUGUGGACCAGCACCACCUCAGACUUUUUCAGACAAGUUGUGUCAAACAAAGCUUUGCUAGUCCACGUUGUCCAAAUGAGAAAAGACAAAUUUGUUGUCAACCUUUAUGAGAUGGGAAGUAACAACAAUCAGAGUAUCACUGAACUCCUGAUCUCUUCCAAACAAGCUGAAUAUUGGAAGAACAUUUCCUUAGAGCCUGUAUUGCAAAUCAACAAUGUGACAGAAAAAACAAGGUGCCCAAGAGAUAGUGUGACAUCAGACAUCAGUGGAAAUACAGAGAAAUUGGAUGAUAAUGAGGAGGAAGAGAAGACACGCAAAAAUGAAAUCAGUAAAGCUCAAGCCCCUUCCAGCUUCAAAGCUUUAUGCAUCAAGCCCGGGUGUGAGUUUGCAGUGCACUGCUCUUACAUAAACUCUCCGUCAGACUUCUGGUGCCAGCCUCAAGAUAAGGUUCCAGUUUUGGAGGAACUUAUGGAUGAAGUUCAACAAUAUUACUCAACUAACACAGUCCCUCUCCAGUCAGGGGUUUCAUGUUGUGUUGCCAAGUCACCUCAAGAUGGAAGAUGGUACAGGGCCUUCAUUACAGAAAGACACAAAGGUAAUGCCAGAGUGAUGCUGGUUGACUAUGGCCCUACUAUCCAAAUCAAGGAGCCUAAUCUUAAGGCAAUAAUGCCAGAAUAUGUUUCUUUGGAAGGACAAGCUUUCAGGUGCAGUUUUUCUAAACUGAUUGAACCUACUGACUCCAAGAACCGUGAGGACUGGAAUCUGGAGGUGUGCAACUCUGUGAAAGCUUUUAUCCGUAACAGCACCCACGGUCUAAGAUGUAAAGUUGUCUCUCAGCUGAAUGUGAAAAACAAAGGGCUGUGCCAUGUUGUGGACCUCUACAACACUGAAACCCAACAGAGCGUAGCAAAUUGGCUUGUGGAACAGGGCCUGGCAAGAGAAGCAACAGUCUCUACAAAGCAAUGGUCAACUGUGUCACCUGAGUCUUUUGUCUACUCUUCAUAUGAUGUAAAUCCUGAAAAUGAAGAACAAGUGUUUGUGACUCAUGUUAGCAGUCAGUGGGAGGUCUACUGUCACCUUGAGAGAAACACUGAAAUCAUCGAAGAGCUCGAAAAGAAAAUCUUGGGGGAAAGUGAGAAAAUGAUGCAAGCCAGUACGAGACCUGUUGUGAGGAAGUUGUGCCUGGCAAAAUACUUUGAUGGUAAAUGGUACAGAGGCUUGGCACAUGCUGUUCAGUCGCCUCUGCAUCUCAGUGUUUUUUUUGUGGAUUAUGGAAACACAAACAUAUCUGAGAAAACCCAUGUCAUGUUCAUUCCCAGAGACUCUGCUGAUUUGUUGUACACACCCAUGCAGGCUGUGAGAUGUUGCCUUGCAUCAGUGUUAAAGGAGGAUCUCUAUGCAGAUGUCAAGGAAUGGCUUGAUAGAGCAAUCCUCAACAAGCAAGUGAAAGUCGUCAUACGUGGAAAGAAUGAAGAUGGUUCCUUUGAUGUUGAGCUGUUUGAUGGGGAUGUUAACAUCAAUGAGAAGGUAAAGGAGCUGAUUCUCAGUCUUUCACCUAAACCAAACACAGUUGUUAGUUUUGACACAAGCUGCAGAAAGAGAAAACAUACAGCUUUCCACGCAGGACACACGAGGAUCUCAGUCAAGAGCAAGAGUCAACCUAAAGGGAGGUCCUCAAACUCCCCCACAGGGAAACUCCAUAGAGGUAUUCAAGUUGCAAAUGCACCCCAAAAAAAGAAAGAAAACACAAAAAACAGUUUUUAUGGGAAAGCUCACAACAAGAACACUAAAGUAAAACAACAAAAUGAGGACAAAACAAAGAGCUUUGUUCCUGUACAAUCUUUGAAAAACUCUCAAGUAAAACAACAAAGAGAGUACCAGGAUACAAACACAAAGUCAGAACAACCAAAACAAACAAACCAAAGAGAAAUCCCUCAGCACUUGUAUUUGUCUGACAGAGUGAGUGCAGGCUUCAAGGUGAAGUGCUUUAUCUCCCACAUUGAUUCUAUCAACAGCUUUUUCCUUCAGCUGUCAGAGGAUGAACCUGCUAUCUUGAAAAUGGGUGACGACCUCAACUCAAAUAUUCUAAAAAAUUCCUUGAAGACCACCACAUCUUUGAGAGUCAAUGGCCUUGUUCUGGCUGAGUAUGAGGAGGAUGGUGCUCUGUAUCGUUCUGUUGUGAAGGACUACGAAGGGAGCUCUUCCUUCAAAGUUGAGUUUAUCGACUAUGGAAACUCAGGAGUCGUGGGAAAGGAGAAUAUCUUUUUAAUACCAAAGGAGUAUCUCUCUCAGCCUAGAUUCAGCAUAUCAUGCUCCCUGUUGGACACAAGCGCUUAUGAAAAUGAUGCUUCUUUCACUAAUGCAGUAAUGGAGAAGCCUCUCAUGGUUGACUUUGUCUGUCAAUAUGGAAAUCGAUGGGAAGUCAAGGUUGAGAUUCUUGAUGGAGCAGUUGGUUUUGCAGCACUCGAAUCAACUGUUGAAAGCAUUCCCAUGAACAAAAAUGAAAAAGAGGAGGCUCCUAUGAGUGAGAAUGAAACAACUAAAUCAGAAAGAAUGAUGCCUACUGUUAAAGGCAAAAAUGUCACACUGAAAACACCAGCUGUCACACUGUCAACCAAACUGAAGGUAAAAACCUGCAGUUGCCAUAGGAGAGGACCCACCACAAACAAGAGUGAGUCAAAGAGGAAUAAGAGGAAAACAUCCACAUCCUCUGCCAAAGGGAUGAGAGAUCGUGCCGAUGCAUUCAUACAUCUGACUAUUCAAGCUAAAGACAGGGAAAAUGGAACACUUCUGUCAGUCCAGAGUAAUGGGGAUUUUUACUUCAGACUUGCAAGGACCAGUGACAUGCUUGCUGCAUUGGAAGGAUGCAUAUCUGAAAACCUAUACAAAUGCAAGAUAGUGGUUAAAGAAGAUGUCAAACAAGGCCUCAAGUGCAUAGUUCAGGUACAGAAGGACAACAAGUGGCAAAGGGCUGUUGUUCAGCAUGUAGGUGGAGAAAAAUGCAAGGUAGUCCUGGUGGAUCAUGGAAUAACAGAAGAAAUUCCAAGUGACUCAAUCCGACAACAGUGUGCUGACCUGACAAAAAUCCCGAACCUUGCAGUGCUGUGCAAGAUGAACUUCGAUAGGUUCAGUGAGGGAGAGGAUACUCACAAAUUGUGGUGUAAAACUCUCAAACCAAUGAUUGGCAAAGAAGUCACUCUGGUGUUUGUGUGUUAUUCUGAGGCUGACAACCUUUGGAUGGUUGAAAUAGUCAUGAAUGGACUGUUACAGCAGAAUGAAGAGAUGGUCCUGUCACUUGCUGAAACCCAAAAUAAGGCCACAGUGGAAGAGCCUAACUUGGACACAAACCCUCCUCAGCAACUUGCCUUUGCUCCUAUUGAUACAGACAAAGUAUACUAUGGUUUUGCUGCUGCAGUGACAACUCCCUUUGAGUUCUGCGUUGUUCUUGAAGACUUGCUUCUCAUCAUGAACAAAGUGUCCAUCAUGUUGGAUGACCUCUGUGGGCAGAUGUCUCCUCUCCCUGAAGCCCACCUCGUCCAUGGCAGCUGCUGCCUGUUAAAAUCAGACUCCAAGAACAAGUGGUGCAGAUGUGAAAUCGUGCAUGCCGACACAACUGUGCUUGUAAACCUGGUGGAUUAUGGCCAUUAUGAAUGCAUUCCAUACAAAGACCACUCCAAGCUGAGGAGACUUCCAGAGGAGCUAAUGAAACUCCCAAAAGUGACAUACCCAUGCAUUCUGCGAGGGGUGAAGCCAGUUGAAGUGGACGAGCAGUGGAAUGAUGAGGCAGCAGUCUUCUUCCAGCAAUGUUUGUACCAGAAGAACCUCCAGAUCUUCUUCAGAGAGUUUGUGUCAAACACAUACUGGAAGGUGGACAUUUUGGCAGAUGGCAUCCAUGUUGCCAAGGAGCUGGUGGAUGCUGGACACGCCAAUUACAUAGACGUCAUGCUAGAACUCAGGUUCCAGGAACAGAGGCCCUGUAAAGCCCCUCCUCAAAGCCUAAACAUUGAGGAAGAGUGUGCUCAGGAGGAUAAAGGCUCUCAUGAGAAGUCAGAUCUUUUAACUGAGGAAGCUCAGGGGAAGAAGCCACUGAACACUUCGUUUGGAUCUAGUCAGUGUAUUGUGAUGUGAAGGCAAUCACAGUAGUUCAAAUGUGUGGCUAAAAUGAGCAGUGAGGCCUUGCAGCAGUUUCCUGGAUGCCCAGCGUCACAUUUUGACUAGUGAGAUACUGCUUCUUGGUUAUUUUGGUUGAAUGUUAAGCCUCAGCAUUUUAAGUGUGAGUGCUUCCUCAGGACCACAUUAACAUAACUUCAAAUUACUAAUAGUACUUUUUAAUUCACCUUAAGAUGUUAUUGUGAAGACUUAUUUUUAUUUCAUUAUUAUUUAUGUAUGGGAAUGGGAUGUUUUGUUUUGUUUUGUUGACUUAGCUUGAGCACUUUUGAAGAUUUAUUAAGUCAUCAGCACCAUAUUAUUUUCCUUAAUUGCACAAGAAAUCUGAGUAAGUUAACCGCUGAUAAUUAUUAUAGUUGUUUCUGAAUCACAUUUAAAUGAGCUGUUUUCCUCUAUAUGGGAAUGUUAAUAAGGCACAUAUUUUGAUGGAGGUUACUGUCAUGUUGUAUUUUGAGCUGUUAUAACAGUGCUUUAAGUUAAAAAAAGAUGACAAUGAGAACUAAAUAUGAUGUAGCCAAUGAGAUAUGUUUAAGUUUAAAUUUUAGAUUUGUAAUUAGGUCUUAAUUGUUGGCUUUGAGUUUUAGUAACUUUUGACAAGAAAUUAUUUUUCCAGAUAAAUAGAAAAACAUUUCCAGUUGUGUAGAGUUGGUGAACAGUUCAAAUAGUUCUAUAGUUUGGUUUGAACUUUUUACAAUUAGUGCUUUGUGCUGAAUAGAUUUUUGAGUUGAAUGCAGUAAGGCCUUUUCAGGUGCAAAAUUAAAUCCUUAUUGAUACUUAUUUUGAUGUCAAAUAAUUUUUCCUCUUAGAUAGUAGUAGCACAGAGGUUCACCAUUGGUGUGGGAAAACUCAAAUACAGAAAUAAUUAUCACUAUCAAGCAACCUAAGCACAGGAAACUGCUUUAAGUGAGACAUACUUCAUGAGCAAAGUCCUGAAGUGACCUGCACACAAAUGAACAGCUCAUGGUUCACCACUGGAUGGCGCUGUUGAGCCAUGAUUGAUUGGUCUUGUAUCUGGAAAUGCUGCUGGACAUUAUAUCAUGUCUCCCUACCCAUUUAAA